AUGCAAAUUGAUGAUAAUGAUGACCUCUACUCAGACGAUACAGAAAACAACUCAAACGAUAUCGAAAAUAAUUCGUUUUAUCAGUUUGAUAAACAAACCAAAACUUACAAACCUGCUACUGUCGCACCCGAAUUAAUUGCAUUAAUUCGACGACUUCGCAGCUUCAGAUUUUCAAUUGUGAAUUAUCAACAAGACGGAUAUGUUCGAGUUUUUUACUCGCUUCGCAUCGAAAACUCGAAAGCCGUCUUGUGCAAAUCAGGCUUUAUUCUAAUAAGCACCGUCCCACGUGCGCAAGCGCUUCGUUGUGAGACUAAGCGCCGCAGCGCUUUGCUGGUUUUAGGACAUUUGGGGCAGAGAGCGUCGGAAAUUACCGACUUUGACUAACAAUUCCUAAGUCGCUCAAGAAAAAAUAAAUUUUUUUUGACCGUCUAAGCAAUUCUAAGCCAAAGCCGGGAAGUUUCCCGACGCCCUCUGCCGGGCUCUGCCCCCAAUUUACAAAAUCAACACUCGGAAAAAAGCGCGCUUAUAAAUAAGCUCCGCGCUCUUCGGGUUCUGGUCGGUUCCCGUGGCUUUCGCUUCGCUGCGCCCCCGUUUUUUCUUUCUGUCGCAAGCUCGGAAAGCAAAACGGCACCCCGUGGCUUCGCCCCCGCACACGAACUUAAAAACACUCGCUGCGCUUCUUGUUUUUUACGUUCUGCGGCACCCCAAAAUUUUUCUUUCGUCGCUAAAGCUUGA